UCAAUCCGGAAAAGAGGCCUUGAGACACACACUACGACAGCACGUGCCAUUUAUCUUCCACUGAGCACAGUUGUGUUGUCGUUCUUCCCCAGGCCUGAUAAAUGACUGAAAGAAUAGAUAAAAGUAGAAGAAAGAAAUAUGUGUUGACAAAGAAAAGGGAAUACUGGACUGAUGAGGAACAUAACCGCUUCCUUGUUGGGUUGGAACAAUAUGGCCGAAACUGGAAAGCCAUUGAAAAAGUAGUGCAAACUAAAACGGCAGUGCAAGUAAGGUCCCACGCGCAGAAAUACUUUAUUCGCUUGGCAAAAAACAAAACAUAUGAAAAUCAAACGAGCGAAGAAAGGGACUCGUCUACUUCACAAACAGCCAGUAGUGGAGUGCCUUCUAUGGAGCGUGGGUUUGCUUCAAAAUUUAGCAAUGAAGGAGCUGUGCAAGAGACGAAUAAUACAAUUACUCGUUCCCACUGGUCUGAUCCUUCCGAAGCCAUGGUUGGCUACUCACAAGGAAAAACAGACAACCAACAGCUUGCAGCUAGCGGCUUGCAAUCGUUGGCCGUUCCAGCAGCAAAUGGUUUGACCCUUUGCAAUUAUUCUUUAGACAGGCAACCAGAAAACGCGGCUUGGAACCCUAAUAUGGUACCCGGUUAUCCAGCGUUGAGUAGAUAUCCUUAUUAUCCUAUGGAAACUACUUGUAAUAGAAUAGGGAGCACUGGAUAUCCAUCAUUAUUCAAUGGAGUAUAUUUAUCAACGGUAGAUUAUCAAGUGGCUUCCAAUUUGGCUUGUACACUACCUUCUCAUGUGCCUUACAAUUAUUCCCAAAGUGGAUGUCCACAAAACCUUCAUUAUGGUGUGGGGGGACCUGAGAAUCCUUAUCAUUCCUCAUCUGCACAAAUAUCCUCUCGUUUGGACAAUGAAAAGAGAAAGGGCCAUGAGGCUACAGUAAAACAACAACAACAAGAAGAAAGCAAGUUGCCAAGUUUUUCUGAACUAGUGGCCUGUUGUGGUGUCGAACGUGACUUGGAACAUUGCCAGUAUCAAAGUUCAUCUGUAACUCAUGAAGUGGACCUAUCUUCUUUGCAACCCACUUGUUCUGUUGCUUCGGCUAUGGGCAUUCAAUCUCCUUAUGAUUUGGAGAGUUGCAAUAGAAAUAUAUCGCCUGUCAGAAACUGUACAUAUGGUUUUGGGUCGACACAAAAUAGACCUGUUGACUUUCCCAAUUCUUCGUUAACUAGUUUGAACAAAGUAGGAAACUUUGUAGGAGAGUGUUCUGAAAGGUUCAAUGUGUCAAAUCAGCAAGCUCAGAUGAUGUCCAAUGCAGGCAGUCUGACGUGCUUUUCUUUCUCACCGUUUGAAUCCGCAGACCGCUCAAGCCAUGAAGCAUUAUCUUAUGGGAAUGUUCAUUCGCAAAACAUAGAGUAUCAUAAAGAGUCCUUUUCAAAGAGGACUUAUCCAGACUCUGUGCAGGCGGUAAUUGUGGGUCAAUGAAGUCUUUAUUUUUGUUUAUUUUCCAAUUGGUGACUUUUAUAUUAUGUCUUUUUCAAACAGUUUUGGUGUUAAUGGAAACAGAGCUCGAAGAAUGACGGAUGAUUCUGUGAGUCUCUGUUACUUUAUUUGGUUUUCUAUAUUCAACUGAAAAAGUAUAUGCAAGAGGGUUUUUGAAUA